AUGUUCGAGAAAGCCAUCAAGGCAGCCUUCGGAGAUCCAGACGAGGAACGAACAGCGGAACGACAGCUGAUGGCGCUCCGACAGACGGGAUCUGCAUCCAGCUACGCCGUCAAGUUCAGACAGGUUUCAAGUUCUCUCGAAUGGAAAGACGAACCUCUGAUGGUUGCGUUUUACGCCGGGCUAAAGGCAGAAGUCAAAGACGAACUCGCCAAAAUAGACCGACCCAAGGAAUUCGCGCAGUACGUCGCAAUCGCAGUCCGGAUCGACGACCGACUUUACGAACGACGGAUGGAACGCAAGGGACAGCAACAGCGGGU